AGCGGCGGCGGCGGUGGUGGUGGAGAGCGGCAAGAGGGGAGGUCCUGCCAGCCAUCCAGCCAGCCCGUGUCAGAACGUCUUCCCGGCAGGGACAGGUCAAGCGCGCUCGGGUUGGAACGGGGCAAGGGCCAGGUGCCCGCGGCGCGAGCCGAGGUCCUCCUGUCGGCAACCGGCGGAGUCGUCGAGCGGCGCGUGUCGCGACGCAAGCCGCACGGCUUGUUGCCAUUACUGCCCAGAACUGACCUGGCCGUCACUUUGACGGCUUAAUUCAAGGACUGGACCGUGACUGAAGAGUGCCUUUUUGGGGGUCGGAGGUCAGCUUGGGGUGCGCGGCAGCUCUCAUCUUCCUCCUCCUCCUCUGGGCAUCGCAUGGACGCCACUCGCCAGCAGAUCCGUGGCCUCGCCCGCUGACGCCAGGGGUGAAAGCACCGAGACCCUGGGGAGAGAGCGAGAGAGCCCCUCUCACUCUCCUGGAGCCCGCGGAGGCAACGCUACCGUGGAAGAUGAAGGGUGGAUUUGUUUUGGCUUCAAUCUCGCAAACUCGGGAAACCGGAACGACUGCCGUGAUCAUCGCAAGAUCUUUUUGCGCGUGCUCGUAAUUAGGAAUGCAAAUCUACCGUGUCAGAAGACCCUGACUUGAAGCUGAACAUAAAAACCGGGAUAUUGUUCUUCGGUUUGACUUGUGCUAAGGCUCAGUGGGUUCAAUGUUUUUUUUUCCACUUGUGUUGGGAAUGCCAACGACUGUUUGGCUGUGAAGCAUAGCUGAGCAAACCGAAUCCAGCAGCAUUACUGCGCCCUACUUCGUUGAACCUUCACUGUGCUUCGCUCUGCUCUUCCGUGGCCACGGUCGUGGCUUAGGACGGUGGCUGCUGGCACGCGGUCGCUGCUGCAGCUCACCCCCCCGCUCGGAAACGUCGCGUUGCAAUGAUACAAACCAAGCGACGGGACGCGCAGCAUUCGCGCGGCAGUGCGCGGUGAACCGUCCCGGCAGACAGUGCAUGGGACUCGCAACCGCCGUCCGUCGCCCUCCUCCGACGAUGCUACCUGCGCCGCUGACGCCGAGUCCAGAAGUUCCGCGGAGGCAAGCGGGGGGCAGCGCCCCACGCCCUUCCCCGUGCUAGCGUCGCGCAGCGUUCGGACCAUCAAUGACCACAUCGGAGGCGCGACGGGGCUGCGAAUUUCGCUGAGGGAGCGUGUUCGACGCCGUGGGGAUAUGCGGGCGAGCGCGUGAGGACGCUCGCGCGCUCGCGUGCUCGCGUGCGUGAAGCGGACCCGACCCGGUCGCCGGCCGCGGUGACCAUGGCCAGCAGCAGCAGCCUUAGCAACGGCGGUGGCGGCGCCGGCGGAGGAGGAGGCUUCGUCGGGCCGAAUGGUGCCAGCGGAGGGUUUCCCAUGCCUGUGCCGUACCCCUUCCUCUUCCCGGCGAGUUUCCCCGGAUCGCUCGCGGGACACUACCGGCAGCAGCAGCACCAGCAGUACCAGCAGCACCAGCAGCACCAGCAGCACCAGCAGCAGCACCAGCAGCAGCUGCACCAGCAGCAGCGACUCCAGCAGCAGCAGCAGCAACGACUCCAACAGCACCACCUGCGCAGUCCGCAUCCGCCCACUAGCCUUGCCCCCGUGCUGCUGCCGCCUCCUCCACUGCCCAUGGGAUGUGGUGGGAGCUCUUCGCCCAGCACCAUCGACACACAGAGCAGCAGCAGCGGCUCGGAGGAGUUGCUACCCAGCCCUCCCUCGCCUCCGCCUCCACCGCGCACCUACAAGCCAUGCUUCGUGUGCCAGGACAAGUCCUCCGGCUACCACUAUGGCGUCAGCUCCUGCGAGGGAUGCAAGGGCUUUUUCCGCCGGAGCAUCCAGAAGAACAUGGUGUACACAUGCCACCGGGACAAGAACUGUGUCAUCAACAAGAACACUCGCAACCGUUGCCAGUACUGCCGCCUGCAGAAGUGCUUCGAGGUCGGCAUGUCCAAGGAGGCGGUGAGGAACGACCGCAACAAGAAGCGGAAGGAGGCGCCGGUGGUGGUGGCGGCAGUGCGCAGCCCCGAGGUGCCGCCUGAGCGAUACGAGCUGAGCUGCGAGCAGGAGCAGCUGGUCGACAAGAUCCGCAAAUCUCACCAGGAGACUUUCCCGUCGCUGUGCCAGCUUGGCAAGUACACCACGAACUCGUGCGCGGACCACCGCGUGCAGCUGGACCUGGGCCUGUGGGACAAGUUCAGCGAGCUCUCCACCAAGUGCAUCGUCAAGAUCGUGGAGUUCGCCAAGCGCUUGCCGGGGUUUCCCAGCCUGACCAUCGCCGACCAGAUCACGCUGCUCAAGGCAGCCUGCCUGGAGAUUCUGAUCUUGAGGAUCUGCAGUCGCUACACGCCGGAGCAGGACACAAUGACGUUCUCGGACGGGCUGACGCUCAACCGCACGCAGAUGCACAACGCGGGCUUCGGGCCGCUCACCGACUACGUGUUCGCCUUCGCGGCCCAGCUGCUGCCGCUGGAGAUGGACGAUGCGGAGGCCGGGCUGCUCAGCGCCAUCUGCCUCAUCUGUGGAGACCGGCAGGACCUGGAGGACCCACACAAGGUGGAGCGGCUGCAGGAGCCGCUGGUCGAGACGCUGAAGUUGUACGUGAGGCGACGCCGGCCCACCAAGCCGCACAUGUUCCCCAAGAUGCUCAUGAAGAUCACCGACCUCCGUGGCAUCAGCGCCAAAGGUUCGGAACGCGUGAUCACGCUCAAGAUGGAGAUCCCAGGCUCCAUGCCGCCGCUCAUCCAAGAGAUGCUCGAGAACAUGGACAACGCGGAGGAGCUGUCGCCGGCGCCGGUGGUCUGCAAGGGCAGCGGCUCGGCCGACCUGUCGGACACGCGCAUCACCACCGCAAGCGAGGAUACCGGUGACGGCGAUGCCGAGGACGUGAAGCCCGGCAAGAGGGCCCUGGACGGUCUGGAGUCUCCGCCUUGCUUGGCUGUCCCCGUGGGACAGACGUCGCUUGCGCCGCCGUUUUGAUGAAGGACUGGGAGUGGGGGGUAGCCCCCCCCCCCCCCCCGGCCUCGUCUGGCUGCUGUGACUCUGCGGCUGGAACGUUCAGAUAUCUUGAAACGGCAAAUCUUGAAUAAAACAACGUGGGUUUCACCGGAUGGUUCCGGAGGACGAGCACGAUUGCUCGACGGCGGACAUUAUCGGCAUGUUCUGUUUGUCUCGAAAUGGGCUGGUGCAAAGAAAAAAAAAGGAGAGAAAGGUUGAGUUAUUCAUGAAUAAAAAUUGGCCAAAUAACGUACAGGGUUGAAAAAGUUGUAAAUUGCACAGGAAUGCUUGGAAGAGGCUGACCAUCAGCCAGGCUGUUACAAUCGUAUGAAAGUAAAUACAGGGUUUUCACUUGGCGAGAAGGAAAGGUUGAUUUGUUUUUAAGUAGGAACGUACUGAGGCGAAUUUCACCCUUGGUGCAAAAGGGAUUUUAAUGAUGUGGAAAGUUUUAGCUUAGUGGUCUCUCAAGCAAGACCUUGGACAUGAAUUGAGGACCGGCGACUGGAGACAGUGCACUUACGGAGAAAAUUGUGGAGAAAUGUGCUUGAAGAGAAUGACUGGAUAGUGAAGCUGAACUGAACCAGCUCAGCACACACGCCACGAGCUCCUUAAUUCCAUGAGUGUCCACUACAAGGACAUCGUUUGGAACAGCAGACUGCAUGAAAAUGUUUGUCAGGAAACAUUGACGGUUGUCUUUUUUGUAUUUUUUUCUCAAUUUCUCUUUUUUGUGUUCUAAUGAAAUGGAAUGUACGCAACUGUAAUUGUGUCCAUUUAUGAAUUUGUAUGAUAUUUAUGUAAUAUUUUAAAAUGGUUUUCAUUGCAGCCUUCAAGCAUUCAGUUUGCAGUAUAAAAAAUCCAACCGGUCAAACUUACCAGACAAGAUUAUUCGACCAACGGUUUUAGGUUUUCGUGACCUAAUCACUUCACACGUGGGUUUACGAGAAAGUCAUUGUUUGAGAAAGUACAUUUUUACUGGCAGUAUAUUUUUGUUAUAUCAAACAAAAUCAUAUUAAGCUACAACGCAAUCCGCAUUAAAUUCCUGUACAGGUUAAGACGCUUAUAUUGAACCUUUUUAAUUUUCUCAUCAUAAUGCAUUAUUCGCCUGGAAUACAGUGUCUGCAGAUGCCUUUUGGAGAUGCUGCAAUCAGGUAUAAAGCAGAUAUUUUUAUUUUUGUAACUGCUAAAAUAUCCGUUGCUGAUGUGUCGCUGGCUUGAAAUCACACCCCCCAUGUGUGUACAGCGUGUCCAUGUUGGGGCGCCGCCACCACCACCACGGGGUCUCUGCGCUCACGGGAAGGCGUCGCUCGUUCUUUAGCUGCCACUAAGUCGGUCGGAGCCGAGUGGAGAUCGGUCGUAUCCAGGGCUUAAUAUUGCACUGAAUAUUGCCUGGGUCACCGGUAAGACUCGAGUAAGUGACACGUGACUCGCAAUCACAGAUUUUGUGAGUGGUAUACUGGAUGUGGUGUGCCAGAUGCGGAAAUAUGUUCCGGGUCACGGAAAAGACAGAAGUAGGUGGCACGUGACUAAUAGCCACAGCCAUAGUGAGAGGUAUUAUGGAUGUGGUCUACCAGGCCUGGAAAUAUUUCCCGGGUUGCUGGUAAGACUGAAGUUGGUUGCAAGUGAUGAGUAGCCAACAGCCAUAUUGAAAGGUAUACUGGAUGUGGCAUGCCGGGUGCGGGAAGCAUUUUCUGGGUCACCGAUCCCAGCUGGAUUUGAGCCCCGGUUGCAUCGCAACGCACGCCCUUCAUGUGGCGCCAGCGUGCCGCUGCUGUUGGAGCUUCACGGCGUCCGUCGCGCACACGCGGAUUUCCUUCGGCCGGAGCUUCCACGACCCCGCCUGCUUUUGUACACUUUGCUAACUGUUUGUACUGCGUCUCCUCGAGUCGGCAAAGGCGGACCAAUUUGAACAGAAUAAAUUUGACUGUGCGUACA